ACAACCCCUUCCCCUUUUCCCUUUCCCCUUCGGCCUUCUCGUUCAAAAUACAGACACAGAAGCGAGGGAGGGGCUCCCACCAUCAGAUCUUCAUUCUCUCUCUCUCUCUCUCUCUCUCUCUCUAUCUCACACACACAAACACACUUCUCCAACCGAAAUCAGUAGAUCUCUUCCCCUCCAAAUUACUUUCCGUUGAUUUUCGAUCUUAAAACUGAUUUCCCACCAAAUCUCUCAACCAUGUCGAAUGGAUUCAACGUCCCCCCCGUAAUCUUCCCCUCCGGCGGAAACCCCUCCACCGCGGCCGCCGCCGCCACCACCCAGCACCGCCGCCUCCCCACCGCCCCCUUCCAACCCCCUCGCUCCUCCCCAAACCCGAACCCCAACAGCAUCCCCUUCAUGUCAUUCGACAUCGGCUCCGCCGCCGCCUCCUCCUCCUUCUCCGCCCCGCAGUUCGCCGCCCCCGGUUCCAUCGGGAUCGGCGGCGGCUUGGGGUUCGACGACGAACCGCCUUUACUCGAAGAACUCGGCAUCAACACGCGCCAAAUCUGGACCAAGACCAUAUCCAUCCUAAACCCCCUCAAAGUAAACCCUGAUUUGCACGAGGACGCAGACUUGUCCGGCCCGUUCCUGUUCCUGAUGGCCUUCGGCUUGUUCCAAUUGCUUGCUGGAAAACUCCACUUCGGGAUCAUCCUCGGUUGGGUUACAAUGGCAGCUUUAUUUCUAUACGUGGUUUUUAACAUGUUGGCUGGGAGGAAUGGGAACUUGGACUUGUACAGGUGUGUGAGUCUGAUUGGGUACUGUAUGUUGCCGAUGGUGGUGUUAUCGGCUGUGGCGUUGUUCCUGCCGCAAGGCGGUGUUCCGAUAAUUGCAGUGGCGGGGGUUUUCGUGAUAUGGUCGACGAGGGUUUGCACGAGGCUGCUGGUUGAGCUGGCUUCGUGCGGGGACGAGCAUCGCGGGCUGAUUGCGUACGCGUGUUUCUUGAUUUACACUCUCUUUUCCCUGCUAGUCGUGUUUUGAGUUGAUCAGGAUUCAGUUAUUUCUAUAAUUUGGGUGAACCCAUGUUACUUUGCAAUGUCCUUGGAAAGUUCUAGUAUAAUGUGGAGUUUUUUUUUUUUUUUGAAAAGAAUUUGGAGAAUCCCCUUACGUCCGCUUGGAUCGGUCACUGGUACUCAUGGGUUCUACAGUUCUUUACGAUGUUGUUUUCGGUCUUCUUGGUAGGCUUUUUGGUUGUCAUGAUUCCCCAUGGUAAUGUUAUUUUUUCCUUUUGGUGUAGUUGAUAGGUUUUCUGGGUGGCAUGUUGGAAAUAGUUCGGUAAAUGGUCUGUUUCCUUAACUUAAGGGAUUGUAAUUAAAUUGAAGUAAUAUCCAGCAUUGAAUGGUCUAUCUAUUGCUCUUAAGAUGCUUUUCCUUUGGUUCAA